AAAGUUUGAAGUUUGUUUUCCAGUUUUUGCGAAGCCGGUGUCGCUGAAUGAAUAGUGAACACAUUUUUCUAACAAAAUGAGUGAUUUGCCGUAUCAAGUUGAAUAUGCGAAAUCUGGUCGAGCAGCAUGUAAAGCUUGUAAACAGAAGAUAGAUCAGGGUACUCUACGAAUUGCAAUUAUGGUUCAAUCAGCUUUCCAUGAUGGAAAACAACCAACUUGGCAUCAUGAAGAAUGUUUUUUCAAAAAAAAGUGUCCAACAAGUAUUGCUGAAAUUGCAAACUUCAAUAAACUAACACAUAACGACCAGAAGAAAAUUAAAGAACAAAUUGGUGGAUCAUCUGGUGAAGUAGUCUUACCUACAGAGAAGAGUGGAAAGAAGGGCAAGGGAACCAAGAGAGGCAAUGAUAGUAAGAACAGUCAACCAGGCCUCUCUAAUUAUACAGUUGAAUAUGCCAAGUCCAGCAGAUCUACUUGCAAGCACUGUGAUAUAAAAAUUUGCAAGGAUGAAGUCAGAGUUGCUAAAAUUGAAUAUGAUCCAAAAUAUGGUGAGGCACCAGCAUGGCAUCAUGUUAAGUGUUUUGCAGAAAGAAAGGCUGAAUUGUUGUUUUUUGCUGGUGGAGAAGACAUUCCAGGAUUCAAUAAACUUAGUAAGGAAGACCAAAAAAUGGUUAAAAAUGAGAUAAAAGCUUCAAAUAUGGACGAAGUACCAGUUAAAAAAUUAAAAGCAGAACCAAAAGAUGCUGCAGAAAUUAAACAAGAGAAAGAAUUAGAAAAGAAAUUGGAGAAACAGAACAAACUAUUUCACAAAUAUAAAAAUUUGCUUAGUGAGUUAAGCAAGGAUAACUUACAUGAACUACUUCUGGCAAACUCACAAGAAAUCCAGAAAGGCUUAGAUGAGUGUCUGAAUCACUUGGCUGACAUAAUGGCAUUUGGAGCACUUGUACCAUGUCCAGAUUGCAAGCAAGGACAGUUAGUUCUUGAUACAUUCCAUUAUAAAUGCACAGGAAAUUUGAGUGAAUGGACCAAAUGUACUUAUACAACUACAAAUCCUCAAAGGACUCCCAUGAUAGUGCCAAAAUCAUUUAAAGGAAACUCGGUGUUUAAAAGCUUCAAACCCAAAGUGGGAGAACGAGUGUUUGAGGUUCCACCUCCACCAGCUAUAGCAGUCGUAAAGAAAGAAGAGCCUGAGAGUAUAAAAACCUUCCCUCUUCCGCCUCUGAAGAAUCUCCAAUUUUUCCUGUAUGGAAAAUUUAAGGUGCCAAAGGAAGAAAUAAAAAACCGUGUAUUAAAGAUGGGGGGCCUUGUUGUGUCGAAGUUGACCGAGACAACUGCGGCUGUUAUUUCAACUAAAAGAGAUGUUGAAAAUAUGCCCAAUAAAAUGGAAGAAAUUCAGGAUGAAGACAUAGAAGUUGUGGAUGAAACAUUCUUGGAUGCGAUCGAUGCCAAAACUGGUACCGUCUCAGAAACAUUAGAACUUAUCAAGCAACAUAAUAUCGCUCCUUGGGGAUCUGAUCCAACAAAACGAGUACCGCAAGAUGUAAUCGACGGGAAAUCUAUUGCGAAAUCUGGAAGCAUGUAUGCGAAGUCAAAAUCAGCAAUACAAAAGAUUAAAAUUAAAGGUGGUACGGCCGUAGACCCGGACUCUGGUCUAGCGGACAAAGCGCACGUGUAUACGGACGCUUCUGGCGAUAAGUUCACCGUGGUUCUAGCCAAGACUGACGUAGUCGCGGGGAAGAACUCUUUCUACAAACUGCAAAUGCUUCAGGCCGAUGAUAAAAAGAAAUAUUGGUUGUUCCGUGCAUGGGGUAGGAUUGGUACACCUAUAGGAGGUACCAAAGUAGAGGAUUGUAAAACUUUAUAUGAGGCUAUUGAUAAAUUCAGACAAAUAUAUUUGGAGAAAACUCAGAAUUGUUGGGAUAACCGAGAAGACUUUGUAAAGAUGCCAGAAGCAUAUUAUCCCAUUGAUAUGGAUUAUGGUGAAGAAGAAACAAAGAAACUAGAGGUGGAUACGAAAAGUUCCCUACCAAUGCCAGUACAAAACCUCAUUAAAGAGAUAUUCGAUGUUAACAACAUGAAAAGGACUAUGCUUGAGUUCGAGCUUGACACGGAGAAGAUGCCUUUAGGAAAACUGUCUAAGAAGCAAAUUAAAUCUGGAUAUAAUGUGUUAUCUGAACUUCUUACAAAUAUACAGGACGGCAAAGCAAAUAACAACAAAAUUGUAGAUGCUACAAAUAGGUUUUAUACUCUAAUUCCGCAUAACUUUGGUACAAAUAAUCCUCCGCUGCUGGACAGCAUAGACGCAAUCACCAAUAAAAUACAGAUGCUUGAUAACCUACUCGAAAUUGAAAUUGCGUACAGUCUUCUGCAAUCAGAUGAUAAAAGCGCUUGUCCAAUUGAAUCUCAUUAUAAGAAACUGAAAACAGACAUAGAGCCUUUAGCCAAAGAUAGUGAAGAAUUCAAGAUGAUAUCUGAAUAUAUAAAGAAUACGCACGCUGCUACACACUCUUAUUAUAAUCUCGAACUUCAACAAGUAUUUAAAGUAGUGCGUGAAGGCGAAGAGAAGCGGUUCAAGCCAUUCCGGAAGCUCCAUAACAGGCGUCUGCUGUGGCACGGCUCCAGAACUACCAACUAUGCUGGAAUUCUAUCACAAGGUCUUCGCAUAGCGCCCCCGGAAGCCCCGGUAACGGGCUACAUGUUCGGCAAGGGCAUCUAUUUCGCCGACAUGGUGUCCAAGUCGGCGAAUUAUUGCUACACCGACAUAUCCAGACCAGUGGGUCUAAUGCUGCUGAGUGAAGUGGCUCUUGGUAACAUGAAAGAGUGUAUGCAAGCGGAAAACGUAACGAAGCUGCCCAGUGACAAGCACUCGGUAUGGGGCGUGGGCCGAUCGCAGCCCGACCCCGCCCAGAACAAGGUGCUCGACGACGGUGUCAUCGUGCCCCUGGGCACGCCCGUACCGAACCCGGUGCAGUGCUCCCUGCUAUACAACGAAUUUAUUGUAUACGAUGUUGCUCAAGUUAACAUCAAAUAUCUGCUGCAGAUCAAAUUUAAAUAUAAGUAACCAGAUAAACUACUUAAGUAGUAGUAAUUGUAUUCAGGGCAGGAUUUAGAGAUCUGGAGGCCUCUGGUCAACACAGAAGUAGAGUCUUUGGGCCCCAAAUUAUUUUCUAAAAUGGAAAUAAAAAACAAUACAGUUUUUCUUUCGUUUUUUUUUUCGAAUGUCUUUUGCCGUCUGCUAAAUCGGGUCCUGAUUAUAUUACUAUAAGUGUACAUCUACUUAUUAAAUCGCAAAUUAAAUAAUGUUUCCAACUCUAUUCAAUUCAUAUUGUUCAAAAAGUUAAUUAAGCUUUUAAUUAUAUAAUAUGUCUACUUCUCUUCACUUUAAAGUGUGCCAUAAGGUAUAUUAUAUUGUAGUUGGUUUGUUUAUAACUAUUGUAAACGAUCAUGGCAGCAACAUCACGUUUCAUUGUGAGGAAUAAGUAUAACCUUUCAUGGAUUUCUUAUUUCAUUACAAUAUUGAGUAAAAUAGAAAUUGAAAUUGAUUUCUUAAAAUUGUGUAUUGUAAGUUUCUAUUAACCCAGUUGAUUAUGUUUUGUUUGAUUGAUUUUUGUUUUUAUGAAUCUGUACUUGGUAGAUUCGUUUAUUAUAAUUAUUAAUUCU